AUUAAUGUACAAUCCAACCGAAAAAGCAUUAAUAGUUAACUCGGUUACCCUAACGUAGCAUUAGCUUCAGCUAGCCAACCUGGUAGCUUGUUUAAGCUAACAGUAAACAUUACACUUUUAAAAUUCGAGGUCAAACAGGAGUCAGAAAAGCUGGGUGUGUUUGUGCAGGAUGAGCCGAGGUAUCCAGCCUUCGUUGUUUUUCCUCAGCCUCCCGGACCUGAAGAAGCUGGUCUGUGUCACUCUGACUCUGCAGGAGGACGACGACGAGCCGAGGAGCAAACAGAUCAAGAUCUGCAGAGAGCUGGUGCUGCUGUACUCUGAUGUCUUGGCGUCUCCUGCUCUGGAUUCCAUCACUGGUAUCACAGCGGUCACAGCUGUCCAGUUUUUCCAGACAGGCGCCCUGCAGGUGUUUGUGCAAAGACGCAGUCUACAGCUGAGUUCUCCUCAGUGUGUGUUUCCAGGAGCCCUCCAGUGUUGUCUAUCCUUCUCUCUGAUCACCAGGCUAACCCCCAGCUGGAACAAGGCAGGACUCUACCUCAUCUCUGGUGAAGACUUCCUGACUGAGCCAGGGAGGCUCAACACUGUCAGCUUGGAGCUGAGCACGAGUGGGCGGCAAAUGUGCAUCAGCAUCGAAACUUACACUGUCCGCCUGCCCCCCCCCACACUGGAGGACUUUGACCUCCCUCCGUUAGUCCUCCGGAAGUUCUGGACCGAUCCCAACUUCGUCCUCCACACGGGGGGAGUCAUCUGGUGUCACGUCCUGCCCAGCAUGAAGAAAGGUCAGAUUAUCUCCAUCAGCCGUCAGCCUCCUAGAGACGGACCCUUCAGGACCUACAGAGACCUGCAAAUCCACUGGACCCGCCUGUACGGCUACAGACUGCCUGAGCUGCCAGAGGAGGAGCUGGUUUACUGCAGCGUCUACUUCAAACUAGUGGGAGAGAGACUCUUCACCUACCCUCUGAGCUGUAUCCGCCUGCAGCCUGUGCAGCACUGUCCUCGGGUCAACCUGCAGGGGGCGCUGGGCUCCUUCCUGUCUGAUGUCAGGGCUCGGCUGCAGAGCGUCUGUGGUUUCCCUGCACGUCUGACGAUCCACUCGAGUUACCACACAGCCAGUCUGAACGCUGCUUCCUCCGCACAGGUGUUGAAUGGCGAGCACAUCAACCUGACCACCUCCCCCUCCUUCAGUCCGGUCCUCACCCAGCUCCCUGCACCUCCUCCUUCUUCCUCCCAACCUGUGAGGCCCUUCUUCAGGUCUAAGCCACCAGCCUGGACCUCCCCUCUCCAUCCUCUGGACUAUGGAUGUGGUUUUGGUGACAGUCUGACACAAAGUCAGGGGUGUAGAGUAGAUGGAGACUGGAUUUCAUCCUCAUCCUCCUCCUCCUCCUCCUCCUCCUCAUGUUUGUCUUUUUCUUCUUCCUCAACAUCUUCCUCUUUUCAUCUUCAUUGCUUCCAGACAGCUUCAUCCAUCACCUCCUCCAUCUCCUCCUCAUCUUCUCAUCCAGGCGUCCAACCAACUUCAUCCCAAACCUCCUCCUUUCAUCCACAUUUCCAGCCAGCUUCAUCCACUUCCUCCUCCUCUUCCUCUUCUCUCUCCAUCUUACAGCCAUCUUCAUCCACUUCCUCCUCCUCCUCCUCCUCCCCAGCUUCAUCCAUGUCCUCCUCCUCCUCCUCUUCUCUCUCCAUCUUCCAGCCAGCUUCAUCCAUUUCCUCCUCCUCUUCUCUCUCCAUCUUCCAGCCAGCUUCAUCCCUCACCUCUUCCGUCUCCUCCUCAGUCCUGUUGCCUCCUCCUCCUCCACCUCCUAAACUGGUUCCCCUCUUCAAAACCAAGCGUCCGUCCCCCUUCAUCAGCCAGAAGUGGAAGGAGCAGCUGAGCAGAGGAGGUGUAGAAGGAGGGAGGGUUACACCACCUUCAUUUCGGAAGAAGACUGGUGCUCAAGCUCCUUCCUUUUCUUCCUUGUCAGCUGUCCCGCUCCCAGAUCUUCCUCCACCCACGAUCCCUCGCUUCAAACGGAUUUCCAGUCUCAGCCCUGGAUCAAAGUCCAGACCCGGACUAGUCCCUCCUCUGAAACCAGGGAUCAGGCUGAAGUCCACGUUCAAGCCCCGCGCCAUCAUAAGAGAUACGCUGCGUGACGAGACGUCAUCUAAAACACCGUCUUCUGACGUCUCCAACACCUGCAAAAGGAGAGUUGAUUUCAGCUUAAAGCCAAAGAAAUCCAGAGCACCAAUGCCAGACGUAGAUGUGGGGAAAAUGGCCAGAAGCAACCAGCUGUCGAAGCUGAACUCAGCGACCAUGUUGAUGUGGCUGAGAGAGAGAGGAGUGGUGGUCGGUGCCAAACACAAGAAGACGGAGCUGAUGCUGAAGGUUAUGAGCUGUUUGGCUGAGGCCUGAGACUCUCACACACAAACACAUCUUCUCCUUUAUAGACUCACUCCGGAGCAUUAACGGCGGCUAAGCUCCUCAUUUAAAGAUGUGAUGUGAAACCGGGCCGUCGGUUCUGCCUGAGUCUCCAGAGUGUAGCUGCAGCAGAUCAGAGCAUCUCAUCCUUCUACUCGAGAUCCUGAAGAUUUGCCAGAAUUUAAUCCUGGUGUCAGAUAAAGUCACAGUCUUUAAGGAAAUGACGGAUUCAAACUACACAGUUAAGAUUUAAAGUUUCUUCUCUUGUCUCUUUUGGUUUUGUUUGAAUGCAGCAUCACAUCGUUCCAGUUCACUGAUGUUAUGAGUAAGUGCUGUUAUAUAUAAAAUAAGAAUAAAAAUAACAGAACGUAUGUAGGAGAUUUAAUUUACUUUUUCUGGAAGUUGUUCAAAGGUUUGUGUUGUUUGAAUUUGAAAUAUUCUGUAUAAUAACACUAGUGUUUGUCUUUCAACUGCCUAAUUAUAUUUAUUGUAUGAAACUGGUUUAGAAUUGUUGUUUCGUAAAAAAAUAAAGUGCAUUAUUUUCCCUGUUU